AUGGAAGCUCUAAUAUAUCAUGAAUCGCCUAUUGCCGACUAUUUAGAAGGAGACGCCUUCCCGUUCGAAUCAGCCGAUCCGCCCGCCACUCCAACUGACGCACAACCAACAUUUGCACCUCGAGGUCUCCCCAAACUGCGCGACCGGCUGCGGACGAUACGCAGGACUGCCGCCUCAGUCACGGACGUCGCCAACGAGCGUCUGAUCGAACAGUUCCGCUAUAUCAUUGUCGCUUCGCAGCUGCUCUCCGACGAGCCAAAACCCCGGCGCCAAUUCCAGAAUGAGCCGUCCCUCACCGCAACUACCCUUUCCCUCAAAGGUGCUUUUAUAACAGCAGGAAUUUCCUUUGCGGUGGCGUGGUCUCUACAUCUGCUGCAGCGAAGGUAUCGGACACCUCGAUCGAUCUCGUCAAGUUGGUCGGAACUAUGCAUAUACACGUCGCUGUUUAUUGGGGCUUGCUUGGUUCUCUUCUGGUUCGGCCGGCGUCAGUACCUAGAGUUUGUGCGGCAGUCGGCGGUGUCAGCAUUAGGAAAAGCAGUUGCCAGCUCCCACAACUACGAUGGGAUUACAACAGAGGCGCUUCGUUUUGUUCAAGAAAUUGAAGUCGUGUCUCGAGGCUACGAAAUUAGCCACCCAUUGCCUCCAAUCAGCCGUCUGGAAACGGGGGAAUCACCCAACAGCUGUUGUGAGCUGCGAAGCACCCUUGGACAUGCUCUGAUAGCCAGUAUUGUCCGAUGCGUGGAAGCCCACAAUGACAUCCAACUGCUUGUGAGGGAUAUCGAUCUGCGCAAAUACCACGACAUAUACGAGGUCUCGAUGCAGGACUAUGCCGAUGCUGUGGCGGUUGCCAACGAGACUCCCAUGGAUGCACGGAACUCUUUGAGAGAGCUGCGGUUCCUGUUUCGACUACAUCUGAUUGCUCGAAAGGUUCUCCUGUGCGACUUGCUAGCACUUCGCUCCGGCUCCACAUGGUACAACAUACAGCAGUGGCGGCUGAUAUCUCGAAUGUUAGAAGGGCUUGACGGUACAUUAUGCCACGCAAGUCAACAGCUCCACAAUGCUGUGGUCAAAGAAGAAUACGGAGACAACCGUGAGGGCUCUGCCCAGGAAGAGACUGAGCCUGAUCCUGAACGUGACCCAUCCACCACCGCGCCCCAAAAGCGGCAUACCAAGGCCCAGAUACGCCGGUUUGACGCCGUGGCCAACACCGUUCGAUCGCUGAACGCAAAAGUACACCUUCUGCGAGAGGAAAUCAAUUCCAUGCGUGCGGUCGACGAUCCCUUACUCAGCACGACCAUCACUGGACAUUAUGAGCAGCUUGGGACUGAAAUUCGGAACGCUCUGGUCGAAUGGGAAAAGGGGCGAAACACCAUGUUCCUUAAUGUAGGCACUGACUCCGACCGGCGCUUGUCCCGAGCAUCCAGUGGUAUGCGGUCACCGGUGUCGCCUUCACCCAGCAGUCUUGGUGGCUUGACAAUCGUCGACGGAGGUCCUGCCGAAGCAUUCAAGCUGCUCAGUGGUGAGGAGCGAAGCUCAUACGACGGUGCAGGUGCGGACGAGGAGGUGUUCGAGGCUGUGGCUUUGCCACGCAAAAGGAUGUCUUGGGCACCAAUGAGUAGGGAGGAGAAACUCAGCAAACUGCAAGAGGACCGGCGAAAGCGAAAGACAUUGCAUGAGAAUGCGGAAAACACAACCAACAUGCUGCGAGAACUGCAAAUGGUCAUCAAACAUCGUCCCCUUGUCCGGUCCGAUACACGAAUCACCUCGAUAUGA